UUUCCUCAAGGAACCCAGCUCAUAAGUUCUGUCACUUCAGUUGCUCUCAAUUCUCCUUUGCCAUUAGAUAAGCCAGUCACUGUUCAGUUAAUGCAUUGUGCUAGCAUUACUGAUCAAUCUCAGAGCAAGUAUCUCAGUUUUGCUGUCUCACAUUCUGUUCAACCUCCAUUGAAGUUUGAUCUCUUACCAGGAGGGGAUUUCCUUGCUGGUUCCAAAUAUGGUACCAUACAAGUAAAGAAGUUCUCAUUGAUUGCUAUUGUAUUGGUGGUGUCAGCAACUGCAGCAAUUGCAACUGCUAUUGGAUAUCAAAUUUGGCAAGUUCCUUUACUGAGAUGUCAAGGAUUGAUAUAUUACAAAAGAGAGUUUGAGAACAUGAAAAUGAAUUUUGCAGUUUUAAAUGACCUUCCUCACAAUGAUGCAAUCAUCAAGUUUAAAAAGGAGUCUUAUAAGAAGUUUGGAGAAGAGGAAUGGAAUUUUCCUUUUCAGAUGAGAACUGAUAGCCAACUAGAGCUUCAUUUUCCUGAAGAUAAGCCAAUUGGAUGGACAGUACGACCACUUAGAAUACCUCCUACAAUACAUGAGAGAGAUGUAUGUGCUUAUACUGAGUCCAAGACCUCAAGUGACCUUCCUCCAUAUAUUUCUGUAAUACUGCGAGCAACAGCAACAGCUGCUGAAUGGCUUGACUAUGAAAUCACUGUCAGUGGAAUCAAUAUAGACAAGAAAGACAGUAUUGCUAUUGUAGUACAUAAAUCAAGGAAUGUAUGCGCUUCACCUUUAGUACCUUCAUUGGAAGUAGCCCCAGCUGUUUUUGAAAAAUCAAAUAAAGCUUCUGAGGUAUUUCGAGAGAAAAUCCCCACACUAAGCUCAAUCAUUGGCUCUGGCACUAGCACUAUCUUUGAUAGAAUCAGUGACGAGUUUCUUGGUGCAGGACUUAUCAGUCAAUCAAUACUCGAUGACAUCACUACAGUACCUAGUUACUCCAAUUAUCAAAGAGGCAGUAGAUUAAUUCGUGAGCUGCAUAAAAGGCUGCAAACAAUAGAUGCACCUAAUGAUAACCUCAUUGCAGUGUGUGACAUACUCACCAGACAAGAAGAUGAGCGAUUAGUUCAGAUUGGUGAAGAUAUGAAGAAAAAUGCACCUCAUGCUGUUUGAAGCUAAUUCUUAUAACAUUAAUAAGUUAACAAUUAAGACAUGUUUGUUUAAUUACAGUUACUAAAGACACAUAGAAAACUAUGUUGCUAUUACAUGUACAAGAGCUUUGAAAAUGUCCAAAUUAAUGGCAAA